CCACCAUGAAAAAGAACCUUAAUAAUUACGUGAAGGAUCCGAGAAAGGCUCUCGAAACUUUUGAUUCCAAAUGAUUUAGUCCUAUUUAUUUCUCUCAGUUAUGGAACACUUUAGAUUUAUUAUUAACCUCGCGGCUCUCUUUUGGUUGUGUUUUCACGCCAUGGCAAAGCUAGAAGACAGGAGAUAUAGCAUGUCCUGUGAAAAUGGGGUUUGUUGGAGGCCGGACGAUGAAGGACCAUGUGAGGUAGACAACGACAAACCAAAGCUAUUUCGCUGGGAACCAAUAAAGAAAGGCUACACUAGAGAACUGGAGCUAGAACCAGGAAAGAAGUACAAGAUGACCACAAUGGCAAACAAACCACCAAUAUUUGAAAUUCGUAAUUUUCUAAGUCCAGAGGAAUGCGAACAGAUCAAAAACCUUGCUACAGGCAAGGGUCUACACACAAGUAUAGUGCACUUUGAUGARCACUUACUUGAAAAGAGGAAAAACAUCGAAGGUCAUGCAGAAGGAGCUGCAUCAAGCUUUGGUAGCUGGGACAAAAAUCAAGAUCUUUCUAUUACAAAAGACGAGUUCAUGCACUUCGCUGURAAUUAUAAAUAUGCGUAUCUAACAGAAGAAGACGUGGAUAAUAUGAUCAACAAACUAAAACUAAAGGAAAUGGAUGAUGGAAAGGUGACCCUUCAAGAAUUUUCCACCUUCCCUACCGCCUCAAUCGACUCAUACAUUAAUGUACUAAAACAAUAUCACCCACGACAUAAAGAGAGGUACAGCAACCAAGCUUGGUUGCCUCACGGAAGAUCCGCUGAUCCAGUGAUCAGACGGCUCAGAGAAAGAAUCAAAGUGCUGACAAGACUACCCGAGGAAAUAAUUCGCGGCAGUGAACCUCUUCAAGUGGUUCGAUACGAUGAAAAUGGUCACUAUAACGGACACUACGAUAGUCAAUCAAUCACGGCACAUCCACGUGAUUACAAAUGCUGUCACACAACUGUCGCCAGUACACCACACUGCAGACUCUGCAGGUAUGCCACGGUGCUGUACUAUCUAAACGAUGUUGAAGAAGGCGGUGAGACGGCUUUCCCGGCAGCAGACAAUGAAACAUACAGAGAAGAGGACUUAGUAAAGAACGUGACUGGAGAUGUAUUCAAUUUACUGCAAAACUGUCAUAAAGCCCGUCUUGUGGUUCCACCGGAGAAAGGAAAGGCUAUCCUGUGGUACAACCACUUUGUGGAUGAAGACACCGGAUUCAUGGGAGAGAGAGAUGACUAUACGAUCCAUGGAGGAUGUGGAGUGACGAAAGGAUAUAAAUGGGUUGCUAAUAACUGGAUCACUGCGCCUGACUUGGAAAAUAUCGAUUAUAAGAGUAGUUUUGAUGAUGAUGCGACAACUACCUAAAUAAUCCRACGGGGAAUGAUACUGUCGACAAAACGUGCAGUAUGCGCAUGCGCAAGACAAAUUGACUWGAGUUACACGCACAAAGCGACAGAGUAGAAUUUGCAUGUGGAAAUCCAAGGCACACGGAAAGAUACGGAGCUAGUGCUGACGACAUUCUCUGAACCAAUCAAAGAGUAGGAUUUCAAUGCUCAUUCAAUGAACAUACUUAUACACUCGAUGACAUGGUGUUUACCACUUCUACCGCGGUUGCAUGCUAUCACGGCACGGCAUGCUCGCGCUGUGAGUCACGGUAAUCAAGUCAAGGUCACGGCUGUGACGUCACGUCAUGCGCACGCACACUGUACGGUUUAUUCUUGAUACACCAGCUUGAUACACCUAGAUAAUUCUAUAUAACUUUUUAUAUUUUAGAGUGGUUUUCACARCCCGUGAAAUACACACCAGCCUAAUACAAAUUAGUAGACCCUAAUUCCAUUGUGUUCUUUUGUUCUUAUUUCACUAUUACAUACUAAUUUAUGAUAUCUGGCUCACGGGUUUAUGAAAAUCACUCUAUCUGUUAGGCAGUACUAUGCUACAAAUUAAAUUAGUGAUAAAACCCGUUAACAAAAGAUAGACAUGCAAACUUGAUGAUCAAUUUUUAACGGGGUUAAUCAAGACAGUUAUUUAUAAGGAAAGAAAUUAAUACUGAUUGAGAUUCGCUUAUGAUGAGACAAUCAAGUUUAAACUUCAAAUAAUCGUAGUCAUAUCGUAAUUAAUUUUUAAAAGCAAUUCCAUGUCAUGAUAGAUUAAUGUAAUUACUAUAACAUAUUUUCUAAAAAACUAUA